AUGGAAAAAGAGGCAGCGGACCAACAGAGUUUCGCUUCUGGAUGGGGUGAGGAUGCUAGCUUCCAUGUUAAUCGCCGUGGUGAAGAGAAGAAGCUACGAUUGUUCGGCUUCGAGGUUGAUCCAUAUACAAAUAAUGCACUGUGUUCAAGAAGAUCCGGUGGACAAGAUGAAAGUGUGAAUUCAUCAAAUUGUGUCUUGCCUCAGAAGGAGAAGCCUGUCAAAGUCACAACUCAUCUAAGUGAAGUGAACACCAAGAAGCAUGAAUGUCAAUUUUGUUUCAAGGAGUUCUCAAACUCGCAAGCAUUAGGAGGUCAUCAGAAUGCUCACAAAAAGGAGAGACUGAAAAUGAAAAAGCUGCAGCUUCAAGCAAGGAAGGCAAGCAUGAAUUUUUACCUACCACAACCUUUACAAGGUUUCAAUUACUACUGUCCUCCUUUGUUUUAUGAACCUCGAUCAUGUGUCCCAAGUUUUGGACUCUUUGGAGGCUCCCAAAUUACUUUCAAGCCAUACAAUCAGAAUGUGUCCCAUGAGAACAGGUCUGUUGCUAUCAAGCCUUCUUCAUCUUUGCAUGUUCCAAAGAAAUGCUUUAAGAGUUGA